GUGCGUAACGCUCAGCUGUCAAAAGCGAGGAAAACAUCAACAAUUCGCGUUUGUUUGUAAUUAAAGCGAAAUAAAACAUAAAAAUCGCAAUAAAAAGAACACCAACACGGGACGCUCUGCUUACGUAAAGUAAACCGAUAAACGCUACGCGCGUACUCCUGCCGGGGACGGGCACCCGCGGAAUUUUGGAAACAUUUGCCGCAAAUGAUAAUUUUUGCGCAAUGUUUUCACUGGUAGCAGAUUAUGGCGAUAGUGAAGAGUCGUCCUCGUCCGAUACAUCGGAUGAUAGUACGGGGGGACAGCGAUCACAACAAAAUCAUCCACCGAAUGAAUCCACCUUCAAACAGCAAACCAGUCAUUUAACGGUUGACCAAUCGGCACCACUACCCAGCGCCCGCUCUAUGCUCCAGUCCGGUUCGAGUCGCAUUAUUCCGGGAAGCGUUUUUAGCAAUCCGUUCCGUGAGGCAGAAGAAGCCAAGCUGGCCAGUCUGGAAAAGCACGUAAAGAUGGUCGAUCCGGAAGCGAAUGCAGCAGAACAGAAGCGUAAAGUGUGCUGGAGCUAUAAGAAGGGUCGCUGCCGAUUUGGCAGCAAAUGCAACUUUGCGCACGAUUCCGAUUUGAUACUGCGCAAAGAGUUACCUACGGAGGGUGGCAGUGAAAACGAUGAACAGGAUGCGGCGACGAACAACGCGGACACCGAAUCUGCGACGAUAAUGGUGAAGAAACCGUUUCCACCGGACAGGAAGAAACGUCCCGGUUUAAGCCGAGACUUGGUACCGCCAAGGAAGGUACUCAAAAUGUAUCACAAGGAAAAAUACGGGAUGCUUAAAUAGUACCGGACCAAACAGGCCGGAGUCAUUGUAGAGCACACACAUUACAAAUCAAUGGUCGUGUAUUGUUUUAUGUUUAGCGGCUUGUGUAAGAUAUUAGCUAGAGGUGCGAUUUUAUUUACAGUCCUAUCGGAACGCUCCGAUUAGAAAUAGACAUUUUUAUUUUCUUUCGCCAAA